AUCGUCUGUCUCAGUAUUGAUCUAUUCGGUGACGGAGUGGUACUGAGAGAUAGAGGAGUCUAGUAUCAUGGCGAUUCCCGACUACAAAAAGCAUCUGGCGGAGAAGGUCCUCAACGAGAGUCGGAUGGUCACGUAUCGCUCUCUGAGCCGCGCUCUCCAAGUCCACAGCACUCUGGCGAAACAGAUGCUGUAUGACUUUCACCGCAACGAAAACAACAAGAAGCCGAACAGCGUCAAUGCGACAUACCUCAUUACCGGCGCGCAGAGGGCGACGGACCCCGCGACGAAGAACGGCUCCCAUGUGAAUGGGAACGAGAAAAAUGGCAACGACGUCAUGCCGAGCAGCCCUUAUAUACCUAGCUCGCUGCCGAAUCAGGAUGCCGAGACGACUACGGAUCAUAUUACACGGCGGUCGAUUGUCUUGGUGCGGGAGGAGGACUUGGAAGAUGCGAAAGCGACGUUCGAGUCGAUCGCUUCGGUCUACAUCUACAGUCUCCAGCCUACAAUCCUUCAAGAUCUUAACGUUUUGACGGAGGUGGCGCGGGAAACGGUGGCUGAUCAUGCGCACGAGGACCCCCUGGUGUAUGGCAAGCAGUGGGGGAUGAUUCAAAACUCGAAUGUCAAGCGGAGGACCGGUACGCGGCCACCAGUUCCGACGCCGGCCCCAGCUGCUUCGAAACCAAGCACCAUUCCGGCCAAACGACCACCGCAAAACGAUGCGCCACCGGCAAAGACAGAAAUCAAGAAGGAGAGUGGCGGAUCUGGAGCGUCGUCUCAACGUGACACCCCCCCCGCAUCAGCCGGAGCUCCCGAGAAGUCCGCACCGGUAAAGAAAGAGAAGGGCAACCUUUUCAGCUCCUUUGCCAAGGCCAAGCCCAAGCAGAAGAAGGAAGAGUCGCAGACCCCUGCUGCUUCUGGUGCCGAAUCGGUCGGCCAGAAUAACACGGAAGAUGUGGUCUUGGACGACGCCUCGGAGGAGGAAGCCGAAGAAUUGUUCCCGGAUUCUGGCAAGUCCACGUCGACCGGCACCCGCGAGUCACGGAAAGAGCGCCAGAGCCGGCUGCGACAGAUGAUGGAGGAUGAUGACGAGGAGAUGGCCGACACGGAAGAGCCUACAGAACCAGAGCCAGAACCUGUCGAAGAAGAGUCCAAGCCCAUCGACCAACCGCCUCCCAGCAAACCGGAGCUGAAGGAGGACGUGCGCGUGCAGGGUGGUCGACGGAGAGGAAAGCGCCAGGUGAUGAAGAAGAAAACCGUCAAGGACGAUGAGGGCUACCUGGUGACCGUCGAGGAGCCAUCAUGGGAGUCGUUCAGCGAGGACGAGCCCGAACCGCCGAAGAAGAAACCGGCUGUGAGUGCGCCCCGAGGCAAGGCAGGAGGAGCAAAACCUGGCCAGGGCAGCAUCAUGUCGUUUUUCGGCAAGAAAUAAAGGUGUCAUGGAGGGGGAAAGAUCAAUAUCACUUGCGACUAGAUGUAGUAAUUACUUAAUCCAUGAAACUGCAUUGAUUGAUCCCGUCUCGUGACCCAUGGAUUUCCCCGC